AUGGUGUCUGCACAUGUGUCGCCAGUUAAUGACAGAACUCCACCUUCAUUUGUUUGGAGAAAGAUUAGUAAAAUUGCAGGAAAGUUUACUCCAAGUCCACCUCCAGUAUUAAAAGUAAAUGGACAAAUUAUCACUAAUGAGGCAGGAGUAAUCUUGUGCUUGCUGACUGGCUUAGGCACAACCUGUGCCUAUGUUUCAUCUUCAUGGGCCACUGGAGAGACAGAGGUGAAAGUACCCAUUUCACCAAAAGGUCGUCCCAUAAAAAGUUUAGUUGGUUUUUGGGUAGGUUUAUGGCAUGCCAAAAUAACACAUAUUACUGAUAAUAAUCAUACUACCCACUAUGUGACCUGGGUUAGCCGUGCUGAAUUAGUGGGAAUACACAAGACGGCAUUGAAAGAAGGUUGGCCUCUGCCUUUGGUAAGUCUGACAGCAGAAAUAAGUGGUGAAGGUCUUGCAUGGCGUGGCGUGUUGGGUGAUGCUGUCAUGCAUGCAGGGUCCAUGACUUCAUAUAUAUUAAUAGCUGCUUUGUACUCUUGGGCUGUUUGGGUUGUGAUCUUAAUGAUAUGUCCAGAACUCAGCUGUUGGCCUCUCAUAAUAACUGGUACCCUCACUGCAAUAUCAUCUUUACACUAUCUUGGCUGUGCUGUUUAUUACUUUCCAGAAUAUGUUCUUGUUGAAGGAAGGAUGACAAAACUCAGGUUUGGUUGGGCUUGGUGGCUUAUGGGCUGCAUUAGUGUUAUUCUUGCAGUUGUUGGGGUAGUACUGACUAUAUAUGAUCACAUGUACCCUGGAAAAUUAGGUGCCAUGUUUAUAUUAGACUUUUACACCAAAUCAGAUGCUCUUUCAGGAGCCCCAGAGUUGCUUUAUGCAUAUGAUUCCGUAGCUGAAAAACACGCUCACAUAUAUCCUCUGUCAGUGAAUAAUUUUUUGUAUGAUAAUAAAAAGAUGAGUAAUAAAAAUCUUCUUGGGAAGAACUGUGAAAACAGAACCUUAGACAGUGACACAGGGAACGGGAAUACUCUUUCUGAUGCAUACAAUGCCAAUAACAAUGAGAUAGCAGGAAAAGAAACACAAGACCUGAUACAGUAUGUCAAUGAAACUGAAAACGAAAAUGGAAUUCAAAUUGGAAAUGAGAAUGACGCAAAAACUUCCUGUGAGGUUAAUGGAAAGAAUGAAGCCAUGAUGUCACCUAUAACUGUCAUCAACUCCUCUGACUAUGUCACUAGAGAAGCAGAGCACAUGGCAACUUUGCGGAAGCGGACACCACCUGAAAAAUCUCACUCUGAUAAUGCAUCUAAACCACAGAAUGAUGAAUACAAUUAUACCACUAUCCUCGAGGGGAACACCAUAACCCGUAAAUUUUCCGCCCCAAUAAUGGUUCCACAAGCCAGUCCAGGGUCAAAUGGCAGAACCUUCAGGAAGUCUUUCUCCAAAGUCCACUCAAAAUUCAAGCCUAAUUUUUCCCCAAGAAAACCUUCCAAAGUUAAUCUUAUUUCAGCAUCUAAAUUAGACAAGUCAGAGUUGAACAAUUGACACAUCAUGAAUGUACAUAUUUAGUGGGAGAGAGUUAUUCAGCAUCUAUUUUUAUAUGUACUUAGCACAUAAUUGAUCACUUGGGAGAAUGAAAUAAUGAUUUUUUUGUUUGUAUUGAUGGUUUACAUCAUCAGUAUGUAAUUGAGCUUACAGAUAAUAAUUUACAACAACUGGUUGAAGUGUGAGAAGUUUCUUGCAAUUUUGUAUAUUUUAGCAGCUACCAAUACUAUUGCAUCAUGAUAUGGUCAGGCCUAAUUUUUUACAUUUAUUUCUCUCAUUGGUGAUUGUUUGAUGAUGGUUGCAGUGUUUUAAAUAGUUCAGAUAUUGCUACGUUGUUGGGAUGAACCAAUCGGUGUGUGUACUGCAAGAUUAUUUUAAUUAUAGAUUAUUGUGUAUACCAUUUAAAAGUUAUUUCAGACAGAUUUUGUGGUAAAGAAGUUUCAUCGUUAUUUAAAAUAGAAUAAUUUUACAGUAUUGAUAAUUUUGUUGUUUAGUUCAUUCAGGUCAGUCAAAAUAUUUGGAUGUCUACCUUUAAUAAAAACAUAUAAAAUUAUAUGCCAAAACACAUCUAAAAUAAACAUUCAAGUAUACAUUUCAUAAAUUUUCAUCAUGUAUUAAUUUGUUCAUAUCUUGUGGAGACAUGCAUGUAAGUUGCUCUCCCUUUUGUCUUUCUUUCCUCAUAUCAAAGCCAUUUCAGAUAAGUUUUUCCUUUGGAAUUUGGUACAGUGAGAGAUUGUUCAGCUUUAUUGGUGGAUAGAUAGGCUGCCAAGCAACAAUGGCAUCACCCAAAUGACUACUACUGUACUACCAGAGGUAUAGAAUACAUAAAAAAUUAAAUAAAAAUUUUCAAAAAAAAAAAUAAAUCAUUGCCUUCAGUAGCCUAACAGUUCCAUUCCUUUAAAACAUUAAAAUUUCUGGUAUGAAGUUGUUGACAGGUUAAUCACUACCAAAACUAUGAGCAUUCUGUUUUCCUUAAUUAGGCACUAUUAGGCAGGUACUAGUUGAAACCUAGAAGUUGAAAAAUUGUGGGUAGUUUGUAAGACUUGGAAAUAAGCUAGGAUAGCAUUUGGGAAAAAAAGACUUGAGAUAUUGUUUUCAUUGACUCUUAAGGUCUUUAAAGAUCUUGGAUAGGGCAACCCCAUAACUAUUGACGGCCUAUUUUAGAUUGGUUAAAAAAAAAGUAAGAUUUUCCAAGCCUUUUUUAACGCAAACCAAUGACUUGAAUUGUCCACUUUGUUGGUCAUAAAAUGCUCUGAGAGAAAAGUUCACUAAAUAAAAAAAAUGGGUGUAAAUUAGUCUAUUUGCAUGCACAGAUCAUUGGAUCCUGAUAACAGUCCAAUUCAUUGUUCAUGUCUUAAAGUUUAGGUCAUGGAAACAUUAUGUAUUGAAAAUCUUUUAGUGGCUUUGUAUGAAAAAAAUAAAGACGGCUUCACCCAAUUAUAGCAAAAUAUGUAGAGCAUGUAAGGGAGUCUGCCCACCAUGAAUUAUGGCAAUGGCUUUGCCUGACUUUGUAAUUAACCUGAGUGCAUGAUAAUAUCCAUUUUUUAUAACAAUUUUAAGUUUAAAGAUAUUUUACAGCAGUAGUUAUUAACACCUUUGCCUUUUAUAGAAAAUUCUGUUCUCUCUUUUCCUUCCAUAUGCUAUUGAUAGUGUAUAUUACAAGAAAUAUGUCUCAUAGACACCAGAUUUCCAAUCUGUAAUAUUAAAUUAAACAUGACUCAACAAUGGUAUAAGUGUAAAAGACGUGCAUGUAACUAACUGUAUGACCUGGAAUAGAAAACUUAUUUCUCACUGAUGGGGAUUCUUAUAAUAAUAACUGUGAUGUUUAGAACUGAAUAUUUGAUCCUUAGCCUGUUUAACCCUUAAAGGCCGAAGCGGUAAAAAAAAAAAUGUCUCCCGUGUGCUGGAGGUGUUUCAGAGUGAGCGCUGAAGCGGAAAAAAUAUUUUUUCAAAAAAUCACAGCGCGCUUAGUUUUCAAGAUUAAGAGUUCAUUUUUGGCUCCUUUUUUUGUCAUUGCCUGAAGUUUAGUAUGCAACCAUCAGAAAUGAAAAAAAUUAUCAUUAUCAUAUAUAAAUAAUGCGAUAUAUG